AUGUCUGUCUCCAACACUGCGGUGUCCCCAGCAGCCAGCCUGGUGUGGCGCGCAAAGCAGUGGCUCGGCGAAUAUUUUGAGGGAAUCCGUGUUGAGCCCCUGGCAGUAAUGGGUUGCCACUUCUCUUCCCACAGUGAGAACUACCUGGUGCGAUGGGGCAGCAAGGGCUUCCCGAAGGAGGUCGAGAUGCUCAACAACCUGAAGGUGGUCUUCACGGAUCUUGGAAACAAAGACCUCAACAGGGAUAAAAUUUACUUGAUUUGUCAAAUAGUCCGAGUUGGGAAGAUGGAUCUGAAGGACACUAAUAUGAAGAAGUGCACACAGGGACUGAGGCGGCCCUUUGGGGUGGCAGUUAUGGAUAUAACAGACAUCGUCAAGGGGAAAGCAGAGAGUGAUGAAGAGAAGCAGCACUUCAUUCCUUUCCACCCGGUGACAGCUGAGAAUGACUUCCUGCACAGUCUGUUGGGCAAAGUCACGACCUGCAAGGGAGACAGCGGAGGGCAAGGCCUCUGGGUGACCAUGAAGAUGCUCGUGGGGGACAUCAUUCAGAUCCGAAAAGACUACCCCCACCUGGUGGACAGGAUCACCGUGGUGGCCAGGAAGCUGGGCUUCCCCGAGAUCAUCAUGCCAGGGGAUGUCAGAAACGACAUCUACAUCACUCUCCUACAAGGCGACUUUGACAAGUACAACAAGACCACACAGAGGAACAUGGAAGUGAUCAUGUGUGUGUGCACGGAGGAUGGCAAAACGUUGUCUAAUGCAAUCUGCGUGGGAGCAGGGGACAAGCCUAUGAAUGAAUAUCAGUCCGUAGUGUACUAUCAAGUCAAACAGCCACGGUGGAUGGAAACAGUCAAGGUGGCUGUCCCCAUCGAAGACAUGCAGAGGAUCCAUCUGCGAUUCAUGUUUCGACAUCGGUCAUCCCUGGAAUCUAAAGAUAAAGGAGAAAAGAACUUCGCCAUGUCCUACGUGAAGCUGAUGAAGGAAGACGGUACCACUCUGCAGGAUGGAUACCACGACCUGGUUGUCCUAAAG